GGUUGCCUGGAGAGACCGUCGGAAUCAGAGUAAAGAGAAGCGUGAUGAGACAGUGCGGGCAGCGAGUCUCACGUGUGGAAACAGGACAACGCAGGUCCAACUGAGGCGAGCUGAAGCUGGAAGUGGUGUCUCGGUGGAGGGUGGACCACAGAGGUGGAGAGAGGUCUGCACGGGGGCUGCUCUGAGUGCUUGAGUACUCAUCUAUUCAAGUAUGAAUCCAGUGUGGAAGGUGUACAAGAACAAGGUGUUGAAGACCAUUAACCCUGAUUAUGAGGAGGAAGCUGUCGAUGAGGUGGAGACUGACAUGAGCCCUGUCCAGGAGGAUGAGGGGCCCAAUGCUGUUGCGCAGCUGGCCAGGAAAGUGCAGGGGGCUGGGUCAAAAAGCUGGAACAGGCUAUCAGCUCUUUUCAAUAAAGAUGAUGAGCACCAGCUUCUAGAAGAGACUGAGAGUCCACCAGUUGCUGACCAUCCACUUGCUGUAAAACCUCAGGAGCCUCCGCGACCCACGAGGCGCUCAGGAUUCUGGGAUAGCUUUGCAGCAAACUGGGCUGCCAAAAAGCAGGCGGAAGCGGCGGCAUCUGGCACUGCUGCAAAUGAGGCGGCGGCAGGUGAGGGUGAGGAGGGGGCGACAGAGGCCGGAGGGGAGGAGAGGCAGGACAGCCAGAUCACAGAGGGAGAGGAGAGCCAAGGAGGAGGCGCAAACAGCAGCAACAACAGCUUCUCCAAAUAUGUGUCUCUGGGAGGAGGCAGCGAGGAGGCAUCGUUCAAGUGGAACUUUGUCACCAGCAAGCUGGCAGAGCUGAAGACGAAAGGCAUGACCAAGACCAACUGAAGAACUGGAGACCAUGAAGCACAUGAUGUCACACAGGUUGUCACGUGGGGAGGACGUUUAGGAGGUUGUGGCUUCACAAUGGAUUAAUAAAAAAAAA